AGGAGGUAGGUGCUUCAUAAACAACCUCAACGAGGCGAAAAUAUGUUGCCGUAUGCCCUGCCUUCAUUGUUUGGCUUCGCAGGAGAACGUGGUGACUUGUGUGUUCCAGGCGUACGUUGGUCCCAACGCCGUUUCAGCGGAUACUGACCUCACAACUUCUCAAGGAAUAAAUGUGCAAUAAGGAAUGAAGCCUCCGGUGUUCAGCCUUCCACGCACCAGCAACGAGCCCAACCUGUGGGGUCCACUGGCAACCACAGUCGUUGGCCUGUGCUUCAGCCUGUGCGGCACGGUGGCCUUCGUGGUCGGCUUCGUGUGGCUGCAGUAUCAACCCGUAUGGGUGGCCGGAGUACUGCUAUUUGCUCUCAGUCUCGUAGCCAUCUGCUCUGGCAUGCUCUCCUACAAGGUUCAGGUGGAUCGCUUCAAGCACAAGACGCAGAACCAGCACUAUGCCACACCAUACGGGCAACUGCAGGACGAAGAAGCAGGUCCCUCAUGCGGCCAUUCCUGUCAAGCGGCUGCAGUGAAGCCUGGUCGCUUAGCUCCGUCGAAGCUGCCAUCUACAAUUAUCCUCGAAGAGACGGCUGGCUGGAACGGCACAGCGCCACAGUCGCAGCAUUUGCACGCUUGUGGUGUCGCUGUUCACAUCUAGACAUUGCGAUGUUUUGAUCGCGUUCAUAUCCAUAGCCCCUUUUACAUGAAUGCGACAAGUGACACGUCGCAUCGCAUUUCUGUCACGUGGCAUUCAUGUAGGUAUGCGGUGGUACUGCGCUUGGAAGACAAAUCGCAUUAAUGCGCCAUAAUAGGAUAGAUCAAGAUGGGUAAGCCGACUUAUUUGGUGCAUGUAAACGCCAGCGCAUUGCAUCGAGGGAGAGAAAAAAAAGUGAGGCGGCUGCCGGCGGGUGCCCUCCUCCACUCCCCGGAGAUAUGAAAAUGCUAGCUGCGCGCCAUAACAGGUCCCAGCUUAUUUAACACGAAGCAGUAUGCGCCACUUGUAAACACUGCCUCGUAGUACUACUCUGAUGCUCUAGGAAACGUGAUGCGUUGCUGACCCAUUCAUGUAAACGCUGCUUAUGAGGUGGUAUCAGUGCUUAUCGGGUUCCGCUUCCCGAAGGUGGCUGCCAUCGUCCAUACCUUUUCGGUUAUCGGCUGUAUCUGAAGCUUUAGGCCUAUAUUGCAGCGUUUAGUCGGAGUAGCACCGUCAGGAGAAGUGAGACGAGGCUUUUCUUGGACAAAGUUGCAAGCGUAUGUCAAUACACUGUAAACCUUUUUCACAGCCAUAAGGGUGUUUCGAUCACUCAAACAGCCCUAGUACACCCUUAUUUCUGAAACUUUUUUUUCAAAGGGUGUAAAUACGACGCAAGCGCGCUUUGCACGACCUUUUUAAAAAGAAGGGCGCAUGAAGGACAUAUGUUCAAAUAUAACACCCUAAUAACUGGUAGUGUGCGGGGGUGUUUCUUGAAAUUUUACACACAUACAUUUUUGUGAAGAAGUUUUGGUAUGUUACCCUGGCGAAUGUUUUAAGCUGGUAAACCUCAGUUACAAUUUACAGCUGCGAGCCGCGACAUCCUGUUUCUAGUUCUCUCGAUUCUGAUCGUUGUGCGCACACACCCACUGUUACAACAUUUUACGACAUAGCAUGCAUGCACGAAAUAGGCACAGCUGCAUCCGGUAUUUUCCCAGAGUGGGUGGUGAAUUAUAGCUAUAGUCCUCCCCUGGAAGAACUAGCUAAGCGAUUUGAUUUAUAGUGCUUCAGAUGGAAGGGAGGAAGGGGGGAGGGCGAACCGCUUUAUUUAUAUUUUUGAAAGGGACCCGCCACGGUGGUCUAGUGGUAAUGGUGCUCGACUGCUGAUCCGCAUGUCGGGGUAUCGAAUCCCGGCCGCGGCGGCCGCAUUUUCGGCUGAGGCAAAAAUGUUUGAGGCCCGAGUACUUAGAUUUAGGUGCACGUUAAAGAACCCUAAGUGGUCGAAAUUUCCCGAGCCCUCCACUACGGCGUCUCUCAUAAUGAUAUAGUGGUUUUGGGACGUUCAACCGCGACAAUUAGUGUUACUAUAUAGUAUUCAAAGGAUGUUAGGGUGUAUGUUUGCCUAAACGCCCCAUUCCACUUUUGCCAUCAGGGUGUAGUUUUCAUAUUACACCCUUGAAAAUUGAUGCAUAAAGGCUGUAAGUCCGUGAAGUAUGCCCAUGAAAAGGGUGUCAUUCUGAUUGUUACGCCCGUUCCGUGUGGUGUAUGGAUGUGAGUUAUAGACACCAAAAAAACACCUAUAUGGGUGUAAUAUGGUUUACAGUGUAUUCAAAACUUUUUAACAACGAAUACAAUAUUUAAUUGAUUCUGAAUAGGAGAAACAGUGAGGCGCAAAUUUCCCAUCAUCAAGUGCACUUAUUCAGCACUGAAACGACAUUGAGGUUACUUUCUUUUUUGUUACAGUGAAUAUAUGAGCAUUCCAAAGCACUAAAAGUAAUAUAGUUGAGGAUUCUGCGUCGUUCAGGAAGCCGAAGUGUUCAGGUUGAACCACUGAACAAUUUUCGCUCCCAGUUUUUACCGCGAUGGAAUGCGGUGGGUGAUUUUGUUCGGUAUUAUCCAAAAGGGCUGCACGCGUGUGUUAAGGCUGUCAGAGUAGCGCAAAAGAAUAAGAGCCCUGCUCGCCGAGGAAGAGUUCGCAACUAUUUUUGUAAAUAACGUUAAUCUCGCUUUGUCUUUUCUCUGAUGCAAACCGGAGGCACGCAGUGUUAGAAUAGUAGCUUCCUCCAACAGUGGCACCAUCCUUUGGUACAAUUACUAUAUAAAACAUAACGCUGAAACGUUUUCCUUUUCUUUUUUUUUUCUU